ACGCCAAUUUAUGACUGGCCAACAUGAUCACGUGAUCCCAUACAAAUAGACCAUAUUUGGGCAGCGCGCAUCGGAUCAAGAAUAAAAAAAAGAUACCAAAGGCCACUCCACCUAUAAAUCCUGGAUUAUUUUUGUUAAGGAGAAGCUGAUUUUUUUUUUUUUUACAAAAGCGGGACCAGAAAAGCAAUGAUCAACGCAAAUAAGGGAAUAAGAGCAACGUCUAUCCAGAAACCUUCGCUGCACUAAAAGUGUAAAUCGUUCCAAAAUGAGCUCCUAUGUUGACAGCUGCAACGUAAGGCAAGCAGGCGAGACAAGUUCUCCAAUGUUUAGCUUCGGCGUGGCGGAGCGGGGGUCCAGCCUGUGCCAUGGAGGUGUCAGUGUGAGCGCCGUAUUUACGCGUCCCGUCCCCACUGGCUCGGUUCGACGGGACGACAUGCAAACGAGCCUGACAGGCAACCCGGAGCCCCGUCUUCCACCGGGACCUCACAUGAGCUCCAACUCGGCAGUGCACGACUCGGGAGGGCUCCGCUGUAGCGGUAGCACCAGGCUACUCACGGCCCGGGGCGCGGACAGAGCCCAUGAGAGGAGCGACAAAUCCGUCGUCAACCGGAGCCAGGAAGGCGGCAGAAAUGCGGAAACCGCGCAAAUUGUCUCCCGAAACGCAAACAGGAGCCAGCAGCACCAGCAGCAUAGUGAGCACGGACCACAGAUUUAUCCGUGGAUGACCAAACUGCACAUGAGCCACGAAUCGGAGGGCAAGCGUUCUAGGACCAGUUAUACCCGCUACCAGACUCUGGAGCUGGAGAAGGAGUUCCACUUCAACCGCUACCUGAGCCGCCGUAGGCGCAUCGAGAUCGCCCACACUCUGUGCCUGAACGAGAGGCAGAUCAAAAUCUGGUUCCAGAACAGAAGAAUGAAGUGGAAGAAGGACUCUAAAAUCAAAGUGAAGGAAUAAAUGUACACGGUGGCUGCACAGCACAGCAUAUAAGAGUCGGGGUGCGUUAGGAGCAGCCUGACCUCUGGAUGAACUGCGAGCAGCAAUGACAUCAUGACACCGCCCUGUGGCUCUUCAUCACCAAUUAUGUGUCACUCUUUGCAGUGUGGGACCUAAUAUAUUGAAUAUCACUCACAUUGAUCAAUUGGUUUACGUUGCUAAAUUAAUUAGGCGUCCAAUGCGACGAUAAGUCCACUUUGAGGACAAGAGGUUGAGGCGAGUACACUCUUCUUUAGAAGCUCAACGUACCAUCAUUACAUGAUCCACACGUUUUAAAAAAAAUAGUUGUCUCCAUAUGUUGUAUUUGGACGUCUGGUGCGUUCAGUGACCUGUACCUUUUUUUUUUUUUAAAUUUUAUGACUGAAGUAUUUGUAAGCCAAUGUAUGUAACGACAGAAAUGUAUGUGACGAUACUGUGAUACUGUAGACUCAUGAAUGC